GCCUAGACUGGGAAACGGGGGCGGGGCCUAGGAGAUCCCGGGCCUCAGUGUGGACGCAGUGGUUCUGCCUGGAGGUCUUCGUCAUGGUGGCGCCCGUGUGGUACAUGGUAGCGGCAGCUUUGCUAGUCGGCUUUAUCCUCUUCCUGACUCGCAGCCGAGACCGGGCGGCAUCAGCUGGCCAAGAGCCACUACACAAUGAGGAGGAGCUGGCAGGAGCAGGCUGGGUGGCCCAGCCUCGGCCCCUGGAGCCUGAGGAGUCACGAGCUGGAGGCAGGCCCCGGCGCCGGAGGGACCUGGGCAGCCGCCUACAGGCGCAGCGGCGAGCCCAGCGGGUGACCUGGGCAGAAGCAGAUGAGAAUGAGGAAGAAGCUGUUGUCCUAGCCCAGGAGGAAGAAGGCAUUGAGAAGCCAGCAGAAACUCACCUGUCAGGGAAAAUUGGAGCUAAGAAACUGCGGAAGCUGGAGGAGAAACAAGCACGAAAGGCCCAGCGUGAGGCAGAGGAGGCUGAACGUGAGGAGCGGAAACGACUCGAGUCCCAGCGUGAAGCUGAGUGGAAGAAGGAGGAGGAGCGGCUUCGCCUAGAGGAGGAGCAGAAGGAGGAGGAGGAGAGGAAGGCCCGUGAGGAGCAGGCCCAGCGGGAGCAUGAGGAGUACCUGAAACUGAAGGAGACCUUUGUGGUGGAGGAGGAGGGCGUGGGAGAGACCAUGACUGAGGAACAGUCCCAGAGCUUCCUGACAGAGUUCAUCAACUACAUCAAGCAGUCCAAGGUUGUGCUCCUGGAAGACCUGGCUUCCCAGGUGGGCCUACGCACUCAGGACACCAUAAAUCGCAUCCAGGACCUGCUGGCUGAGGGGACUGUAACAGGUGUGAUUGACGACCGGGGCAAGUUCAUCUACAUAACCCCAGAGGAACUGGCCGCCGUGGCCAACUUCAUCCGACAGCGGGGCCGGGUGUCCAUCGCCGAGCUUGCCCAAGCCAGCAACUCCCUCAUCGCCUGGGGCCGGGAGCCCUCUGCCCAGGCCCCAGCCUGACCCCAGUCCUUCCCUCUUGGUCUUAGAGUUGGUGCGGCCUACCUGGCUAUACAUCUUCAUCCCUCCCCACCAUCCUGGGGAGGUGACAGAGUGUGGCCAGGCAGUUACAGAUUAAAGGCCUGUGAGUACUGCUGAGCUUGGUGUAGCUUGGUGUGGCAGAAGGCCUGGCCUGGGAUCCUAGAUGAGCAGGUGAAAUUUAGGCGUCAGAAUAUAUCUGAGAGGAGGGGAGGGUCCUUUGGAAGCUGGUGGAAGUCCCAUUCUUAUUAUGAAUCCAUUCAUUCAAGAAAAUAACCUAUUGCACAUUUACUGUGUCCGUUUGUCCUCUGCAAGCUCUGCCCCCAAGUCCUAGAUAAGGUCUUUCUCUUCUUCUGCCCCCACUCAAAGUAGAAGUAGGGAACCUCUUGGGCCACAUCCCUGUUAACUGGGGAGGGGAGGUCUCAGGGGUAUUUUUUUUUUUUUUUACGGAUCAGGAGCCCUUAAUAGGGCUGAGAGCCACUGGGGAGAAGAGUUAAUGAGAAUCACCAAGGAUAGAGUCCUAGGGAGCAUCAGCCUUUAAAAGGGAGGGCGGUGGGUCAGUGAAGGAGAGAGCCGUUUGCUGGGCAGGUAGAAGGAGAGGACCUGCUUGAGCUGGCUAUAAUUGUGCAGCAGAGGGACACUGCUCAUAUGGUAAAUCACAUGAAUUCAGCUCUACAUCUUGACAAAAUAAAAAGUUUAAAUGGUGUGGGUGAUUCCACCCACUGGUA